AUGUCGGUUUUUCCCCCUGGCCGUGAUUCGCAAAAUGUGGUCGUGCGCUCUAAUGUGGGUGUGCCUUCGGGCCCGGAUGUCACCCUUGUCGCCUCUGCUCCGCUGCUUCUGGUGUCCACUGCUGCGGUUCAUUCGUUGUCGGGGAGCCAUUCUAAACUCAAGACCUCACAUCCUGGCCUGGCGGUUCGCCGCAUGUUUGAGCCACAGGAGCUGUGUGCCAUCAGGGAGGAUGCGUUGCGGGAGUAUUUAAGGAUGAAAAUGGCUGAUGAGUUGUCGGAUGUAGAGCGUAUGGAGGCCGACGCGCGUGAGCGCCUCGUCGAGCAAGCACUAUUUUUUUUUGAAGCACUAGCGACGCGUAACGUCGAGAAAUGCAAGAAGUUGGCGAGGGGAAGGGAGCUGUUGUAUUUUAUUGAACGUCUGAAGGACAGAGAGGCAAUCGAGGAUCAACGUCGAUAUGCCCUUGAGGAGGCCCUGCGCGAAGAAGGCCGUGCAGAGUGGCGGCGGGAGGUAGAGGAGAAGGCCGCGUAUGGGGAGUACUUGCGGGCUUUCGAGGAAUGGAAGAGGGAGCAAGAAAACACCGUCCGUGCCGCAUGCGCAUUUGUAAUGGGAACUGAGGUGCGGUACCGGCGCGGGGUGGUGGCAGAGGAGAGCGAUGCGUGGGAAGAGUUGUGGAGAAAAGAGCGGGAAGAGCGCGAGGAAGCGGAGCGAAUAGCUUACGAGAAUUUCUAUAAUAGUCCAGAGCAGGUGAUUCUGCGUGAGGAGCGCGAGAGGGUGGAAGGAAAGUUGAGACAGAAGUAUGAGAGGCAAAUGGUUCGUCAUUUGAAGGAGCAAGAGCAGAUCGUAAAGUCCUGUAAACACGGCCGCGGAAAUACCUCUAUUUUUGAGGGACCAAAAGCAAGCAAAAAGUGUGCGUCGUGCGGUGUGUCCUUUGAUAAGGACCUCGGUUACUACGUGCGAUCGUACGGGAAAACUAUUCCCCCACCCCCUCCACUCCCCGAAUCAAUGCUGGAUUCCGCAAAGCCCAAAUUCGCCGCCUCGCACAUGCCCGGAACGCAAUCGGGAGUACAACCCACCCCCGUUCCACCGCCUACUUCUGAGGGGAAACUACCACCAAUAGGUAAAAAGCGCUAA